AUGGCCACCACAUCGUUCCUUGUCCGCGUUACAAGCCCGGCCACCCUUGCCGCGGCGCAGAUUUCCUCCGCAGUUUCUGCGUCGUCCACCCCCCGCGCAGCCGCUCUCCGCUCAUGCGCAGCUGUUGGCGCAUCUCCCUCCCGCCGCAGCGACCGCUUGCAGCAGCGGUUUCAAACCGCAGCGGCAGCGGAAGAGGCCGCUGCUGACGUGGCAGCCGAGGCUGAGGUGGCAGUGACCGAGGAGGAGGUGGAGUAUGUGGGCAACGACGAGCUUGUGAUGUACUUCAAGGCCGAGGGCUCCCUUCCCGAGCCGUCUGUCGCGAAGGUUACCAAGGCGCUUGAGGCUGUGGAGGGAGUGCACAACGUGAAGGUCACCGUGCUCGAGGGCUGCGCCACUGUGGAGCUUACCAAGCUAACCACAGUGCAGGAGACAGGUGUCGCGUCAGGACUGGUUGAGGUGGUCCAAGAGGCAACCUCUUUUUCCGGUCUGGUGCUACUACCAGUAGUGAGACUUAUGAAGUACCUUUAUCACACACCACUGCCAACCUCCAUGUAA